AUGGCAAAGUUUUCUUCAUCUUCUGUAUACGUGGUUGCCAUUAUUGUUCUUUUUUCAGGUUAUUACACUGGAGUAGAGUUUACCAAGUGCGCAGCAUAUAAUAUUGAGUAUGUGAGUCCCGACAAGACACUUCAGCAUAUUAACUACUGUAUGUACCAGUCUGCAGAAUCCAAUAAUGAUUGCACUGCCGAUGAUGAUUGUUGGAAACCCUGUCGCGAUUCUUAUUCUACUAACUUGGAGAUCGUUCCGGGCUGUUUGGUUCUUGAACCCGGUAAAGACAGCGGAUCCUUGACCACCUCGCUUGCUCGCGCUGUUGCUCCCACAAGACAUGCUUACACAUUUGAUUUCCAUGAACAGAGGGCUGCCUCUACUAGAGAGGAUUUUGAGAGGACGGGUUUGAAUGGUCUGGUCACAGUGGGGUUCCCUGAGGAAUUUUGUGGGAGGGCAGAUUUUGUAUUUCUAGACCUCCCUCAGCCUUGGCUUGCCAUACCUUCAGUUGGAAAGAUGUUGAAAGAAGACGGUGUCAUGUGCUCUUUCUCACUCUGCAUUGAGCAAGUACAGCAGUCUUGUGAAGCACUGAGAUUUUGUUUUACUGAUAUAAGAACAUUUGAAGUUCUCCUCCGCACCUAUGAAGUUCGGCAAAGAAUACGAGAGAGCCAUCCAAUCAAGGAUGGAGAUUCUGUUGAUUAUCAUCCAUACAAGAGGAGGCUGGGUUGUGAAGAGAGUGAGAGAAUAGAAUGUUCUACUUCUGGGAGGAAAGAGACCAAAGAGACUGGUCAAAAGAACUUAGAGAUAAAAUGGCUAUUUUGCCCCUGGACUUAA